AACUUAUAUCUAGCGACCAAAAAGACAGCUGGACAGCAAUAAACUUUAUCCUGUGAAGACUGCCAGUAAUAGGAAAAAAUCAAACGAAAAAAUAAAAUGCUGCGACUAUUGUGAACUUAUCAUGAAAAAUUUACAUCGACAACCCUAAGCAGUACUGAGUCAACAAAAGAAUAGAAUAAAAAUAGAGCAAUACUAAACUAAAAACGCAAAAUAAAUUGUCAAUAGAAGCGAAAUCAGUACAAUACUUAUUUGAUUCAGUAUAAAAUGCUUUCGUUCUUCUCUAAGAAGAAGCCAGAUUCACCGCCAGUAGAAGUAAUUCAAGGUCCUGCGGAUCCUACCCAAUCUAAUGAAAGCGGAGGUGGAGAUGAUUUCAUUUUUGUAGAACGCAAGACUUCUGACAACGAUCCUGCUAGGCUACCUACACAAGGUAUGGGGAUGUAUCCACCGAUGCCACCCACGUUUGGAAUGGGUAAAUUUCCGGGACCGCCUGUUUAUCCAUCGACAUCAAGCGCGGCAAGCGGAUGUGAUACCACGGCGCCAGUCCCAUAUGUUCAGGGUAUACCAUUCGAACUGGCGCCCCAACUGAGUACAAAAAGUGACUUUGAAAUAACACAAUUGCAAGUAGACAGCAUUUUAGCAUUGCUGACGCGUCAAAUGUCGGUGGACGAAAAUGAAGAAUACAAUUUUGCAUUGGAAAGGUCGAUACAAAACGAGUGCUACUAAUGUUUUCGGAGGACGCAUGCAUGUUGUUGAUAUCGCUUGUAUAAAACAACGUAUUUUUAUUUUAAUUAUUAUUUAGGUAUAAGAAAACCCACGAAAUAAUAAAAUUUAAAAAGCCGACAAAACGCAUAAUUAUUAAUGGAGGUGGGCUCCAAAUAUCUAGGUGGCUCCGGUAGUGUCGA